UAUAGAUAUAGAGAGAGCGUCUCUCCAAUAGGCAGACACGUGCUCGUGCACACACACACACACACAUGCACACAGUGCUCUAGGCGCACCAGUCGGCACUGGCUCUCCUUUGUUGUUUCUGUUGGUUGGUCUCAGCGGCGCGCGCCUCCAUCACCGGGGUGGCUGCGUGAGGAUGCCACGAGCUGCACCCGGGCUCUGGGUCUAUUGGUUGUCCGCCUUCCCUCCAUUAUCUCUCACUCCUCCACACCUCUGUCAUCCUCUCUCCCUUUGCUCUGCCUCCUUCUCUCACUCCCAGUCAUUGCUGGAGUGCUGGAAAAUGAUUUGCAUGCAGGAGCAGAGCACAACUUUGCAGUGAGCUCGGUAAACCGCCAUAGAGUGAAAAAGGAGGGGAAAAGUUGGAAGAAAAGACAGCAUUUGAAAAUGAGUUUGGAGGAGAUGUGGUGAGUUUUCAUUGUCCAGAUUGAUGCCAGCAGGUCACAGUGGAAGCAGAUGUCUGGACCCAAAAUCUGUCUCAAUCCCAGACCGAUUCAGAUGGAGGUGGAUGCAGACGAUAAUCGCCAUUGCACACGUUCCAAAGUGCCUGUGGAUCCAGCAUUAACAGAGCUUUUCAGCAUGUACGGUUGCCCUGUAGCCAAGAAGAAAAAGAGCCUGGACAGACAAACCCUGGAAACCUCCCCGAAGAGGAGCACCUACCUGGAUGACAUGGACAACUCCACAAUGGAGGAGUGCUACGAGACGGACGGCACAGAGGAGAUGGACGACAGAGACGAGGGGGAGGAGGAAGGAGCACUAGAGGAGGAGGAGGAGGAGGGAGAGGUGGAGGAGGAUGAAGAGGAGGUGGAAGACUACAUGGACUACAACGAGCAAAUGGAACACGAAGAAGUGGAAGUUGAGAGAGGUGAAGGGGAGGCAGACGAGGAGGAGGAGGAAGAGGAGGUAGAGGUGGAGCAAGAGGAUGAAGAGGAAGGUGAUGAAGAAAGAGUGGAGGAGGUAGAGGAGGAGGAGGAAGCAGUAGAGGAGGAUGUGGACUAUGAAGAAGAAGAAGAAGGCGAACAGAGUCGAGUGCAAGAAGAUGAGCACAUGAGCAGCGGCGAGGGGGCUGAGGGUGACAGUCGAGGCAGCGGUGGUGAUGCCAAAUCUGGCCCCACAUCUGAGAAGGAUGACAACAACAACGAUGAAUACGAGAACUACGACAAACUUGUGGCCAAGUCGCUGCUCAACCUGGGAAAGAUCGCCGAAGAUGCUGCCAAUCGUGCCAUGACGGAGUCCGAGAUGAACAGCAACUCCUCUAAUAGUGCUGAGGAGGAGGAGGAGGAGGAAGAAGAAGAAGAGGAGGAGGAAGAGGAGGAGGAAGAUGAAGAAGAGGAGGAGGAAGAAGAGCAGGAAGAGGAGGAGGAAGAGGAGGAAGGGGAGGGGGAUGAAUCCCAAAGCGGUGACCUAACGCUGGACGUUGACAGUGAUGUGGUCAGGGAGACGGUGGACUCCCUUAAACUGUUGGCACAAGGUCACGGUGCGGUGCUGUCUGACAAUUUAGACGGACAGGAUUAUGAGCAGGGCAAUCCUGAAAAUGGGGAGGAGCACGACUGUAGUCACAGUGGAGGAAAUGGACUCGAUGGUCGUAAUGGACAAGUUAAGACCACUAGUAAUGGACAAAUAGAAAACAGUGAUGAGGAAGUAUGUUUAAGCAGUCUGGAAUGUCUACGGAACCAGUGUUUCGACUUGGCUCGAAAACUAAGCGAAACAAAGUCUGCCGACCGUAAUGGACCUUCCCAACUGAAUCACUUUUCAUGCGGGGAUGCAGGCCAGCAGCCUCAGCAUCAGGGCUAUGGCAACUUCCAGCAUAACCAGGAUGCAAGGCGGACACUUGACAGAAACUACUCAGACAUGGACAAUCUCAUGAAGCUCGAGGAACAACUGAGCCCACGUUCCAAGGCCUUCUCCAGCUGUGCACAGGACGACCGAUAUCACGCCCACCACCGGGACUUUGAUGAGGACACAGCUUCAGUGACAUCCGAAAGAUCAGAGGAUGUGUUUGACAUGACAAAGGGCAACCUGUCCCUCCUGGAGAAGGCCAUCGCACUGGAAUCCGAACGCGCGAAGGCAAUGCGGGAUAAAAUGGCAGCUGAGGCUGCCAGGAGAGAUGGGGUGCGAUAUAACCACGAAGACCAAGGCCCACGACACGCCUACGGCAUCGAGCGGAAAGCCCGGCUACCUGAUGGCAUGAAGAAGCCGUUCUAUCACAAAGAUUCUUCACGUACUGAUAAAAAGGAGAGUCGAUGUCCGACACCGGGCUGUGACGGCACAGGUCAUGUGACAGGCUUGUACCCACACCAUCGGAGCCUGUCCGGGUGUCCGCACAAAGACAGGGUGCCCCCUGAAAUUGUGGCUAUGUAUGAGAAUGUUCUUAAGUGUCCUACGCCUGGCUGCACGGGACGCGGCCAUGUCAAUAGCAACAGAAACUCCCACCGAAGUUUGUCAGGAUGUCCUAUCGCAGCAGCGGAGAAGCUAGCCAAAGCCCAGGAGAAGCACCAGACGUGUGAUGGUUCCAAGUCCAACCAGGCUUCUGACCGAGUUUUAAGGCCUAUGUGCUUUGUCAAACAACUGGACUAUCCACAGUAUGGUUACAAGAACAAUGUUUCCACCAGCACUCCCCGCUCCAACCUGGCCAAGGAGCUGGAGAAGUACUCCAAGACCAGUUUUGACUACAGCGCCUUCGACGGUAGUAACAACCACCAAGUAUACGGGAAACGGGCCAUUGCACCAAAAGUCCAUGGGCAUCGGGACUCCUCCCCCAAAGGAUAUGACGUGAAGCGUUAUUGCAAGAACUCCAGCUCAGCCAGCAGCACCACCAGCACCUACGCCCCGAGCAGCAGCAGCAGCAGCCUGAGCUGUGGCGGUGGAGGGGGGGGCACAGGAGGGGGCGGCAGGGGCGGGGGCAGCAGCGCCAGCAGCACCUGCAGCAAAAGCAGCUUUGAUUAUAGUCACGAUAUGGAGGCCGCCCACAUGGCGGCCACGGCCAUCCUCAACCUGUCCACGCGGUGCCGUGAGAUGCCCCACAGCAUUGGGGGCAAGCCCCCGGACCUGUGCUCGCAGAGUCCUGGUCUUGAUGUCGAUGAGAAUGGUACGUUGGACCUGAGUAUGAGCAAGCGCCUGUGCGGCGGCGGAGGGGACUCGGUGCUCACUCCUCUCGAGCCCAUGUCCCCGCAGAGGCAAGCCACCCUGCUGGGCUCCCGCUGCUACGGCAUUGGGGACGCCGCCGACUGCUGGGACCUGCCGGUAGACUACACAAAGAUCAAACACAUAGACGAGGAUGAGAAAGAGGCGGACGAUCUGGAUCCUUUCCACGACCUGCUGGAGGAUCGAUCAUACGCCACGGACGUGAACAUGCUAAGUCCCAAACCCAAAUAUGUGCAGUGCAAGGAGAGCAAAAAGGACCUGAUAACUCUCUCAGGUUGUCCGUUAGCUGAUAAAAGUAUUCGCAGCAUGCUGGCCAACAACGCACAAGAGCUCAAGUGCCCCACACCAGGGUGCGAUGGUUCGGGACAUAUCACUGGCAACUACGCCUCACACAGAAGUCUCUCAGGGUGUCCGCGAGCCAGGAAAAGUGGGAUAAAGAUCAUUCAUAGUAAAGAGAACAAGGAGGACCAGGAGCCUAUCAGGUGUCCGGUUCCAGGUUGUGAUGGUCAGGGGCAUGUGACGGGGAAGUACGCGUCUCACAGAAGUGCGUCUGGAUGUCCAGUUGCGGCCAAAAGGCAAAAAGACGGCUAUUUGAAUGGGAUCCAGUUCACAUGGAAGUCUGGGAAGACGGAGGGCAUGUCCUGCCCCACACCGGGCUGCGACGGCUCGGGUCAUGUCAGCGGCAGCUUCCUGACGCAUCGCAGUCUGUCCGGAUGUCCACGAGCCACUUCUGCCAUGAGGAAAGCCAGACUCUCCGGAGUGGAAAUGCUCACAAUAAAACAGCCACGUGCCAGCAACGGACUCGAGCACGAAGAGGAGCUCAAGCAGCUGGAUGAAGAAAUCAAAGAUUUAAGUGAAUCAAAUUCACAAGUGGAAGCAGAUAUGAUCAAGCUUAGAACACAGAUUACAACAAUGGAGUCCAACCUGAAGUCCAUAGAGGAGGAAAACAAGGUGAUUGAACAGCAAAAUGAAUCUCUCCUGCAUGAGCUGGCCAACCUCAGCCAGUCACUGAUUAACAGUUUAGCUAAUGUCCAGCUCCCUCAUAUGGUAAGGGCCACCAGGAACGGCAAGCCGGAAAGUUGCAGAAUAAAGCUAAUUACAGCAGCUAAAUAAUUUCUUUGUGUAACUGACCACAGACUAUUGUGCAUGUUCAGUCUCAAGUGUCGAGCAUUGCUUGUCUUUCCAAACAGUGAGGGGGAGUUGUGAAAAA